CCAGUUGUUAAAUCCUCCAAAAGUUUUAUAAAAUCUAGUUCGUGGCUAGUACGCGCGUCUCGUAGCACCUUAAGUAGGUACAAUCUUUUUUUAUAAUUCUUUGAAUCCUAGGAAAAUACUCUUCCUUUGUGUCAAUGUCAAAUGUCAAGUUAAACUGUAACUUCGAAAGUUUGACGAAAUGUACCGUUGUUUUGCCAGCAAAUUAAUAAAUAAUAAGACUUCUUAAUAACUCAACAUGCAUGCCAUUUGAAAAAUACUAGUAUUCAUUUCUAAACGAUUUUUAUUUCAGAAUAAUAUAAUAUGAGCAAUAUUAGGAAACGCAAGGGCGAAAAGAAGUUGAACGAGGUCACCGAACUUUCGGAAGAAUGUUACACAGAGAAUACCAUAAAUGAAAGGGAAGUUGGGGAUGGAGCUCCUGCUGAAUCGGAAGCUGAACCACUUUCUUAUAAACAAACCAACAAAAUACUUAUAAAUGAUGCAGAAAGUUCACCCUCUAGUUUUUAUUUACACAUCAAGAUAGAUCUGGUGUGCUUGACAUUGCUAGUCAUAGCACUAUGCACUCGCUUGUACAAUCUGCAGGAACCAAGAUAUAUUGUCUUUGAUGAACUACAUUAUGGAAGAUAUGUGUCUUUGUACACCAAAGGCAUAUUUUUCUUCGAUGCCCACCCCCCACUGGGCAAGCAGCUGUUGUACCUGGCGGGUAAAGCUGCUGGCUAUGAUGGCAACUUCACCUUUGACCGCAUUGGCUCACCAUAUGCCGACAAUGUACCCAUAGGAGCUUUAAGAUUGGUGCCUGCUGUGGCUGGCAGUUUACUAGUUUCUGUUUCUUAUCAGUUGAUGCUUGAAAUGUGUACAUAUCAAUGGACAGCUAUCUUAGCUGCUGUGUUAAUUCUAUUUGAGAAUUGUUUCCUAGCCCAGUCAAGAUUUAUGUUACUGGAGUGCAUUCAGAUGUUAUUUGGACUAUGUGGAGUUCUCUGUGCUAUAAAAAGUACAAAAAACAAUGGUGCCUCUUCAGUUAUUUGGCUGUGCAUCAGUGCAGUUUCACUUGGCUGUUGUUUUUCCGUAAAAUACUCUGGCCUCUACACCUACUACCUGGCAGUGUUCAUAGUGGGCCGCCAGAUCUGGCAACGGAUCGGCGACACAGACUCCACCCUGCGGCUAUUGUUCUCAGCCCUCUGGCGCCUGGUGGUGUUGGUUGCGUUGCCGCUGGCUGUCUACAUUGGCGUAUUCUACGCGCACUUGGCGAUGCUGCCGCGCGCGGGGCCACAUGAUAGCGUGAUGACCAGUGCCUUUCAGGCGUCGUUGCAAGGGGGACUUGCUAGCAUCACGCGCGGACAACCGUUGCACGUCGCGCACGGCUCACAGAUAACGCUAAGGCACACUCACGGCCGCACGUGCUGGCUGCACUCGCACGCGCACGUGUACCCGGUGCGGUACGCGGACGGGCGCGGCUCCUCGCACCAGCAGCAAGUGACGUGCUACAGCUUCAAGGACGUGAACAACUGGUGGAUCGUGAAGCGGCCCGGCGUGGCGUCGCUGGCCGUGGCGCGGCCGCCCGACGCCGUCCGGCACGGGGACGUGGUGCAGCUGCUGCACGGCAUCACCAGUCGCGCGCUCAACUCGCACGACGUCGCUGCGGCCGCGUCGCCGCAGUCACAGGAGGUGUCAUGCUACAUCGACUACAACGUGUCGAUGCCGGCGCAAAACCUCUGGCGCGUGGAGAUCAUCAACCGAGCGAGCGACGACGCCACGUGGGACAGCAUCCGCUCGCUCGUGCGGCUCGUGCACGAGGGCUCGGGCGCGGCGCUGCGCUACAGCGGCCGCCAGCUGCCCGCCUGGGGCUUCCACCAGCACGAGGUUGUCGCUGACAAGGUGCUCACUCACCAGGACACUGUAUGGAACGUCGAGGAACAUCGCUAUACUAAAGCUGAGGACAGAAAGGAACGCGAGCGCGAGCUCGUUUCUGCCGAGAUGAUCCCGCCGGGCAAGACGCAGCUCACGUUCUGGGAGAAGUUCUCCGAGCUGCAGUUCAAGAUGGCGGCGCACUCGGCGGACGCGCCCACGGGCCACAUGUUCGCCAGCGAGCCCGCCGACUGGCCGCUGCUCGCGCGCUCCAUCGCCUACUGGCUGUCGCCGGACUCCAACGCCCAAAUCCACCUGAUCGGCAACCUAGUGACGUGGUACGCGGGCUCGCUGGCGGUGCUGGUGUACGUGGCGCUGCUGUGCGGGCUGGCGCUGCGCGGGCGGCGCGCGUGCGCAGACCUGCCGGCGCGCGCGGCCGAGCGCUUCGCGGCGGCCGGCCACGUGCUGUUCCUGGGCUACUGGCUGCACUACCUGCCGUAUUUCUUCGUCGACCGCACCCUGUUCCUCCACCACUACCUCCCCGCGUACAUGUUCAAGAUUCUUCUCCUCGCGUACGUGAUCGAGCACGUCUACUACAGGCUGAUGCUGCGCGAGCGCACGCGGCCGCUCGUAAACUUGUUCUUAGUGUGCGUCGCCGUGUGGCUCGCGUACGUUGUCAUCACGUUCAAGAAAUUCAGCGUCCUCAACUACGGAAACGUCGAUCUGACCGAGACCGAGCUCAUGAAUCUCCGCUGGAAGGACACCUGGGAUUUUAUAUUGCACAAAAAAUAAUUAAAUCUCAAGUUAUUCUAAGUCUGACUGUACUGAAUAGGUACGAGCCAUUCCCAAAGUCGCAUCACAACAUAUUUUCUUUUCUUUUUAAGUUCUUAAUUUAUUUUUGUAUGAAAUGAAUGUAUUGUAAGGAUUCAGUAUUAGAAAUGUUAUAUUCUUGGAAGAACAAAUGUUUUUAUACUAAGUAAUAAAAUACUCUUUAGAUUUAAGAAACGGCUAUUAGCUAUUAUACUAAUGCAGUGUUGCAAUUCUUGCAGUAGGUAUUUGUAUGUACUGAAGUCACAUUCAUAAACUGUCACAAACUUAACAAUGUAAAUACAGUAUUAACUUAUGUAUAUGCAUUUUGAAUCCUUAUAAAAGUAACCAAUUCACUUCACAGUGCCAGUUUACUUGUAAUUUGGAGAUUUGUUAAGACUAUGAAUUACAGUGUUGGCCGAACGUUAAUUAAUAACCAUUACAAAUUGAACCAUAAACCGUAACGGGCGGUUACAGUUUACGGUUCAAUUUGUAAUGGUUAUGGGUCAAUUCCAUUAACAUUUCGGCCAACACUGAUGAAUUAUUUAAGAAAUAUUUUUGUAAAUGUAAUAUAUUCCGUCCAUUCAGAAUUUCUUUACAAAUAUAUAGAAUUUUUAUA